AUUAGCCUCUGAAAACGGGCUAUAAUUGCCAUCAUCUUCUUCCCUUUCUUCUCUGUCCAUGGAUCUGUGGGACAACUCGUUUCAAAGGGAAGAUCCAGACCCCCACCACCACCACCACCACCAGCGGCGGCGUUCUCGCCGCGAAAACCCCUCUUUCUCUUCCUCCCUUCUCGACGCCAUCUACCGUUCCAUCGACGACUCCAACGCCCAGGGAGAAGACCAACUCAUUUUUUACACACAAAAAACUACCACCAGAACAAAACAGAGCAUCUCCGCCGCCAAAACAGAGGACCACCAAACUCUCCAAUUCCGGCGAGCUUCUAUGAUCGAGAACUGGAUGGAUAACAAAAAAAUCAAAACCCUUCGCGACUUUACUGUUUCCACUUCGAGCUCGUCCGAAUCCAGCUCCACCGCCGGCAGAAGACUUUCCUCGUCGGAAUCAGAGUUUCUUUCACGUACACUCCACCGGCCAAAGCCGAAACCGAAACCAAAGCCGAUCAAAACCACCACAUGGUCUCAAACAGAAAUUAUCCCAAAUCCAAACCACGAAAAUGGGUUCGUUAAAUCCAAAUUCAAAGCUUCAAAAAUCUACCACGAUUUGAAGAAAGUGAAGCAGCCAAUUUCACCCGGCGGCCGACUUGCGAGCUUCCUUAAUUCCCUCUUCAAUGGCGGAAGCCCAAAAGCUAAGCAGAAGAUAUCAAACACUUGUUCAAACAAUUCAACGAAUUUGGAGUACGAGGCGCCGAGAAAAUCGAAGUCCCAACAGGGAUCCUCGUCUACCUGUUCCUCUGCUUCGUCGUUUUCGCGGUCUUGUCUGAUAAAAACGCCGUCUUCAAGAGGGAACAUUAAGAGAUCGGUUCGGUUCUGUCCGGUGAGUGUGAUAGUGGACGAGGAUUGUCGGCCAUGUGGGCAUAAAAUGUUGAACAAAUUAGAGGAACCCAUUGGGAAGAAAGGGAAAUUAGAAACAGAGGAGGAUGAUGAAGACGACGACGACGACCGUUUGAGCUGUUCAAGCUCCGACCUGUUUGAACUGGAUAAUCUGUCGGCGAUCGGAAUGGAAAGGUACAGAGAUGAACUGCCAGUGUAUGAAACUACCCAUUUCAACACUAAUUGUGCCAUUGCUAAUGGAUUGCUUUUGUAAUUUUUUUCUUUUUUGGAAAGAAUUUUGGGGGCUUAGAUAAGAGAUUAAUUAGGGUUCUUUUUAAUCAAAUUAGAGUCAGAGACUUGUUGUUACUAAUCUUCCCCGAGGCCUCUGUUAUCGAGCUUUCGAAUAGACUCUCCUCAGUUGUUCGACA